GGUAAAGUUCCAUCGCAAUUACGCAUCCCUGCAAAGUAUUUUGUUCAUUUACCAUGUCGGCUGCUACAAAAUUACAUAAAACCAGCUGGUGUGCACUGCGACAACUUCAGCAGUACAGGACUAAGGCCAACUUCAGCUCCAGUUCGUCCUCCAUUGCCAAAAGAAAUGAACUCUUCAAUCAGGAGCAAAAGCGGCAACGAGAUGCUGUAGGCCGUAUCGACAAGAUCGAAGUGCGCUACUUGGGCUUGCCGGAGGAUGUGACUCUGGUGAUGAACGCCAACCUCUCCACGCCGUUCAAUUGUGCCCAGCAUCUGUCCGAGGGUCACAAGCGGCGGUCAGCUCUGGCUCUGAUUGAUGGCAGUGUACCGUGGGACAUUCACAGACCCCUGCAGGAAUCCUGCACCUUGCAGCUGCUCCACUUCCAAGUGUCUGAACCCCACGUGGUCAACAAAGCCUUUUGGCGCACUUGUAGCUUUAUGCUGGGAGCUGCCCUAAAUAGGGCUUUUAAGCCGCAGGCCAACCUUCAGUUGCACAGCUUCCCAGGGCCGAACAUUAAAUCCGGAAGCUUUGUUCACGAUAUUGUGCUACAAACGCGCAAUUGGCAGCCUUCUAAAGAAGAGAUGCGAACGAUUUCUGCCGAGAUGGUCAAAUUGGCUCUUGAGGAUCACGAUAUAGAACGCCUCGACGUCAACCAAGACUUGGCCCAGGAGAUUUUCAAGGAUUCCAAAUACAAGAGCGAACAGCUGCCCAGCAUUGCUCAGCAGACCCACGGAAGGGUUACGUUGUAUCGACUAGGGGAUCACAUCGACAUUUCCCGUGGUCCAAUGGUGGGUUCAACACGCUUCCUGGGCAAAUGCACCAUCUCUGCAGCUCACAAAGUAGCUGAUGAGGGAGAAAACGAAGCCUUUUAUCGCAUUCAGGGAGUAGCCCUGCCCGCUGGCAUCCAGCUGAACCAUGUAGCCUUUGGCAUACUGGAGGAGCGAUCAAGGAAAUUGAAUCCCGCUCGUCUGCCCAAUGAACCCUUUGGGGAACAUCAACAACUGCAAUUAUCGUAAAUCGUUCUUUAAUAAUUAAAACUAAACAAUAGGCGUUAACAAGUAAAUCAUUAAAGAGCGUUCUUAUUUGUUACAAAA